AUGGAGAAGCCAAAGGAACCUUGUUAUGAUGUAUUCUUGAGCUUUGGAGGAUCAGAUACUCGCAACGACAUCACUGAUUACCUUUACCACAACCUCACUGAUGCCAGAAUACGAACAUUUAGAGAUAAUGAAGAGCUUCAUGUUGGGGAAGAGAUUGGCCUGGAGCUUCUCCAUGCGAUUAAGCAAUCGAAAAUCUCGAUUCCUAUCUUUUCUAAAGGAUAUGCUCCCAAUAAAUGGUGCCUCAUUGAAUUGGCCCAAAUGGUGGAGUGCAAGGAAAAGUGGGGGCAAAAGAUCAUACCAAUUUUCUAUGAUGUUGAACCACGGAUGAUUCCUCUCAACAAGUUUGAUUCUUUUGCCUUCAAAACUAUUAGAAGCAAAGGCAAGUUCACGAAAGAAGAUGUUUAUAAGGUUUUGUUCGAGUUGAAAAAGAGCUACUUGGGAGCACCUGAUUGCUUGGUUGAAAUGGAUGAUCAAGUGGACAAGAUCAUGGAAGUGAUAGGUGAAGACACCUUUGAAACAAAGAUUAUUGGUAUACAUGGUAUGGGUGGUGUCAGAAAGACAACUCUUGCAAGAAUUGUCUACAUUAAAUUGUCGAUUAAUUUUGAUUGUUGUUGCUUCCUAUCUGACGUUCGACAUACAAGGAUUUUGAGUUUGCAGAAUCAACUCAUCUCUGAACUCCAAAAUGGGAAAUGUUUGCCAGUCCAUAACAUUGUAGAAGGGAUAACUGAGAUCAAGAAGAGUUUAUCCUCUAAAAAGGUCUUACUUGUACUUGAUGAUGUCGACCAAAAGACUGAGUUGGAUGCUCUUGUGGGGAUGGAUAAAUGCUGGUUUUGCAGAGGAAGUAAGGUUAUUAUCACCACAAGAAAUGAGGAAGUUCUCAAACAUGUUGAUAUGAAGCAUGAACUUACUGAAAUGAAUUUUGAUCGUUCCCUUAUACUUGUUUAG